UUCCAGUUGAUUCAGUAGCAUUGACAAGUACUCAUAUAUAUUUAGUAUAUAUAUAUUUCGUUUUUGCUCGAGGUGAUGGCAAAAGUUUCGUGCUUGCAUUUAAGUAUUUAUUAUCGUUUGGUUGCGUCGGGUGAUGAAUAUUAAACAAGAAUACAGUCUAUUUAAGUAAACUAGUGUGGCAUUAACAGUUUACAUCGCUGACGGGAAAGGAGAAACUUUGUGUUAUAAACACUAGUGAAUUUUAAUUUUAGGUUGCAAAAUUUCUCGGCAAAUAGUUUUUACUUACGAUUUAUUAGAAAAGACAAAUCAAUAAGUUUGAAUUGACGAAAUGUCUAAAUAUUCAGGAAAAAAAUGUCGUUUGCUUUCAAUGAUGUGGUUGACUGCAUUUUUCUUUUUCGUGGAAAUUGUAGUUGGCUAUGUAACAAAUUCGAUGGCGUUGGUAGCAGACAGUUUCCAUAUGCUAGGUGACAUCGCAGCACUUGUCAUAUCAUUUCUAUCCGUAAAAAUGUCCCCGAAAAAGUGGUCUAAAAAUACAUUUGGCUGGGCACGAGCAGAAGUUUUAGGUGCGCUGGUGAACGCUGUUUUCUUAGUGGCUUUGUGUUUUAGCAUUACCAUAGAGGCUUGUAAAAGGUUUAUAGAAGAAGAAGAAAUCCAUGAGCCAAAACUCUUAGUGAUAGUGGGCUGCCUUGGUUUAUUAGUAAAUGUCAUAGGAUUGUGCUUGCUUUACGAGCAUGGCGGUCACCACGGCCACUCACAUGGUGGAGGUCUUACGAGAAAUCACAGCAGGCUUACAGAGCUAGCAAAUAUAGAUGAUGGCGAAGGUGAGCCCGUGGACUUUGCUUAUGAAAAGGAGAAAAAACCAAUGAAGAAAUUAAAUCAUGGUCACAGUCACGAUCCAGGCCAUAUGAAUAUGCGUGGCGCAUUUUUACAUGUAUUGAGCGACGCGUUGGGUAGUAUCAUUGUGGUGAUUAGUGCUUUGGUUGUGUGGCUGACGGACUGGAAAUAUCGAUUCUAUAUGGAUCCAGCUCUUUCCAUCGUUUUGGUUUGCUUAAUUUUGCAUUCUGUUUGGCCGCUCCUACGAGAAUCGGCAUUAAUAUUGCUACAAACUGUGCCAACUCAUAUCCAAGUCGACGCCAUCCAAAAACGUCUGUUAGAAAAAGUUGAUGGCGUUUUGGCUGUUCAUGAAUUUCACGUCUGGCAAUUGGCUGGAGACCGUAUAAUUGCUUCAGCUCACAUAAGGUGCCGCAACCUUUCGGAAUAUAUGAAAAUCGCGGAAAAGGUUAAAGAAUUUUUCCACAAUGAAGGUAUACAUUCGACAACAAUACAACCCGAGUUUGUCGAAAUAGAAGGUUGCAACAUGUCCGAUGGCACGUCCAGUCUGAAUAUGAGCGGCUCCGAUUGUGCAUUAGAUUGUCCAAGUACAGCGGAGGGAUGCGUCAAAGCGACUUGUUGCCAAAAUAAUAGCAAAUUGAAUCAGGUGCCCUCACCGACGAAUUCUCCCUACACUUGCCGCCAAAGGAACUCAAAAAAUCCCAAUGAUGUUGAAGCAGGAUCUUCACUUUUGGAGUGUUUAGCCAGCACAUCAAAUUCAGUUAAUAACGGGAAUUCAGAAUCUGGUCCAGUUAUAAAUGGAGAAGUGGUGUGACAGCUGCACCUUUUACAUAUGUGACGAAAAUAACAACAGAUCACGAGACGCACAAAAAAAUUAUCAUCUUUUUUUACACUGUAACUUUAAAUACAAGUUAUGCCUGCAAAUUUGAUUGGCAUCUAAACUUGGAAUUGAAUAUUAUUGCAGAAUAAUCUUACUUGAAAGGUUUGUUUUUUAAACAAUUAAUAAAAAAUGUAGCCAGAAAGACGACAGGUGCAAUUAGUGAAAGUUUUUAGAAACCAAAAAUAGGAUUUCAUCAAAAUUUAAUAGGAAAAUUAUAAGUUGUUUCUUCAGUAGCUUUGAAGCUAUAAUUCGUUAAUUUAUAUUGAAAAUAUUCCGAAAAAGGCUAAAAUAGUAGUAGUGUUGCUAUUAAUGAGAUAAGAAUUCGGGUGAAUAGGAGUGAUACAGAUCUUAGUAUUUCCUACUGUAGUUAUACAUACGUAGGUAUGUUACAUAUGUAUGUACAAUGUAGCUUUAAGGUAUAUAAUAAUUUUUUCGCAUUUUGUGAUUGUAAAAAAAAAAAUGUUUUAAAAAUUGGAUAUAACUACGUACAUUAUUACAAUAAAAAUUGAUUUUACAAAAGAUGCUCGUAAA